AUGGGACCAAAGACUUGUAAAGUCUGCGACAAGGUACUGUCAAAAUACAAGUGCCCUGCCUGUCUCACGCCUUACUGCUCUCUACCCUGUUUCAAGAAGCAUAAAGAAACCCCUUGUGCAAAGCCCGUUUCUGUAUCUCAGAAAGACGAUUCCAGUCCUGCACCUGCUAUUAUACAUCUUGACAAACCGUAUUAUGUUGACGAGCCGAGUGAAGUGCUGCAACAUUCUCAACUGGAGUCUAUAGCUUCAUCAAGUGAAAUUCGUGAUUUACUGAAAGACGAAAAGCUACAAACACUGAUAUCCAGUAUGGUCACCUCUGCUGAACCUGAGAAAGAGCUAAGCAAGGCCAUGCAAAUGGAUGAUUUCCGGAUAUUCUCUGAGAAGGUUCUACAGUCUGAGCGUGGCACCUGGGUUGCAGGCUCUUGUUAUGUUCUGAUUGAAAAGGAUGUAUAA